UUGGCAAAAAUUUGUUGGUAUAUUUAGGCAUGAGUAUGGUUGGUUUGUUCUUGGUUGGGUAUAUAUAUGCUUAAUCCUUAUUUGGUAAACAUUACAUGGAACUAGAACGGCUGGAUAUCGGCUUGACCAUGUUUUCAUCCAAGAAAAAAUCAAAAAAGGUGUCCAAGAAGGCAGUGGAGGGUAAAAACGUUGUUGAUGAAAGGCAGUCGGGAAAAUUCCGCCAUUCUCACUUCAUAUCCAACGCCUUUGACUUUCUCGAUGAAUUUGAAGAAGAAAUUGACGACCAAAACAUAAGUUGUAACAACAACGCUUGUUCCAAACAAUGCGGCCUCAAAGUUGACGAUUUUGAUUCCGAAUUUGUGCGUGGUUCUGAAACAGACGACCAAAAUAUUUCGGCAGACGGCAGAGAUUUUUCAGCAGACGUCAAUCAGGUUGUCAACAAUCAGGGUACCAACGGUGAAAUAUCAAAUACCGGUACUCUACACUCUGUUACAAAUACUGAGUCAAACUCGAGUGCCAGAGCAGCUAAUGGGAAUGAGUCACGCGGCACCGUACCAAAUGGGAAUGAACCCAGUGAGGACAGAAUGGUCGGCCAUAUUGAUUAUUCCAAUCCCAGCAGACGUACAAACGAAGUAAAUGUGGGAUGCUAUGCAGAAGAUUGCGCCAACCAGAAAUCUUAUCCCGGAGAAAACUUUGCUGAAAAUGGACAAAAUACAACUUUCCAGAGUCGCAAAACUUCCUCAGGUCUGAUUCGGGAUUCUAGUAUGCCUGGUUGCUAUGGAAACACUAGUGUUGGCGAUGAAUUAGGCAUUGGUGCGUUGACGGGAGGUGAGACGGAUGGGGUAGCUUUGCAUUCUUGUGGAUUGAAAGCAGACGGUGUGUUGGAGGCGCCGGGGACCAUGUGUGCAGAAAACAUGGACGAGUUUGAUUCGAAAGAAGACGGUCCAUGUUUGAAGGGAAGGUGUCCAGAAUUAAAGGGUGAUGCCACGGAAUUAAAGGUCAAGGCCACAGAUUCAAAUGGACUAUCAAGGUCAGUGUCGUCUCAGGAUAAAAACAUGCUCACAAACGGGAAGAAUUGUGAUAUUUCAGAUUUGGUUGAGAAAAAGAUUCCUGGAAGUGUUUCUGUGCCGAGCAAUUUGGAAUGUUCUGGAAGUCCAACAAUGACUGGUGAUGUCAUCACAAAAAGUGAUGAGGUCAUUGAUAUGUGUGUAAAAAAUACUAAUGUUGUGGACUCUGCUGAUCAAAAUUGUGAUGAAAAACUUAAAACUAAAAUUUGUGAUUCUGAAAAAGAUGGAUUAACGGAUGUGGUUGUAAAAAAUCAGGCAAAUGUUUAUGUCGAAGCUCAAAAUGGGUCGGUUGAAAAAGUUGAAUCAAAUGGGCAUAAUGGUGUGGUAAAAAAUGUGGAAUUGAAUGGAACAAACCAAAGUACCGCUGUUGGGACGACUUCAGAGGAUUCAGGUCUGAUGAAAAGGUCAGUGGACAGUGACCUUGACACUGAGGUCAAGGUCGUUUUACGAAGGUCGGCAGCAAAUUCACCAAGUCGUUUCAGUGAGAGUUCGUCGCGGGGGACGAGCGAGGAUGAGGAUGAUGAUGAAGAUGCAGGUGUGUAUGGGGAGACCCAUCGGUACUCCCAGUGGAUACUUAGCGACGAAGACGACAAACUACAGAUGGCGCCGGUUAUCGAAAAUGGUCCUGGCGUUGGCUCGGAAGGAUUGGACGAUGCAUUUUUCGAACAAGACCAAGAUGUAACGAAUGAAAGUAAGACACACAGACGCCUAGAGUCGCAGUCCUCGACAACAUCAGAGCGCGAAUUUAAGCGGAAAUAUCAGCACGUUUCCCGGAAGGUCGUGAAACGGAAGUCAAGUCUUCAGGCGUAUGAGCGUUUGUCUGAGAGAAUUUGUGAGCCGGAGCGUAAGGUCCUCCUCGAAAGGGCAUCAAAAGAACAGGACUUUGGUUUCCACAUCAAGGGCUCUGAACCAGUUUUUAUAUCAACUAUUGAGUCUGGCACGAUAGCUGAGGAAGCUGGGGUACAAGUUGGCGAGAUCAUCGUAUCUGUGAAUGGUGUGAACUGCAUGGAGGCGACACGUGACGAGGUCAUAGAACUUAUGCUCAAAGAACCCAGCAAGGUUGUGCUGGAACUCUCCAAAUCGAACAGAAACCCCGACGACGCCAGUGAAGAACCGAUCAUGACAGGUUACCUCAUGAAACAGAGCGGGACGGCACUCCUGAAGACGUGGCGACGCAGAUACUUCGUGUUGAAGAGAGACCAUUGUUUAUACUAUUAUAAGACAGAAGCGGAGAAGGACCCAAUCGGAGCCAUAGUCCUAUUAAACUACUCGAUUAUUAAGGUUUCCGACUCUGGCAUCAUGGGACGGAAACAUGCAUUCAAAGCUGUCAAAUAUGGUGCAAAGAGUUAUUACUUUGCUGCGGAGUCGGAACAUGAGAUGCUCAACUGGGCGAACGCUCUGAAUGAGCUGGCCAAGUCUGCUGGCAGGACUGAUACUUGGCUUGACAUCAGCAGCCCAAACGUAGAUGUCCCCGCCCUAUCAAUCAAGAACCCAGAUUGUCACGGCAACCUUUGUAAACUUGGCGUUAAGCGCCGACACUGGCGCCGCCGGUAUUGUGUGCUCAAAGACGCGUGUAUAUAUUACUAUAUGGAUGUGAAUGCCAGUACUGCUCAGGGAGUUGCUCAUCUCCAUGGUUACACGGUGCUCGACUCUUCGCCUCACAGCCGCAAGUUUACGUUUACUCUCCAACCACCGGAGGGAAGAAUGAGGACGUUCUUCUUCAGUACAGAAAACGAGACGGAUUUACUCAGAUGGACCUCAUCGUUACGAAAGUCGAUUGCCCGAUGGGUGAAGACGGUGGAAUAAUGAUCUCAGAACAUUUUGAAAUCUGAUCCUUAUACUACCAAGUUUAGAAUCUACAAUGAAAAUUGAUAUCUAUCAUGUGACAACUUAUAUCCAAUGUAAACCUCGCCUUUAAUGUAUCCAAGAAGAUCUCAGACGUGUUAUCCACUUCUUACUGAACUUAAAGGGACAAUGGUUGUGACUACUUGUUUGGCUCACAAUUCCAUUGACCAAUAGUCCCUUUAACGCCUGUACUGCUGUACACAACUAUACAUGUUAAGAUCAGUAUAGGUGGCACUGUUGUGCUAUGUUAUUUUGUGCAUGUUUUGUUUAUACAGUGUACAAUUAAAGCUUUUGCUAAUCUGUUUUCAUGAAAUGAGGACAAACCAACGAGAUUUUUUCAUGACAAUUAUUACUGUGUAUUAUGCUACAAUAAUAGCUGGUCUGAUAUUGACAGUUCAUGUCCAGUUGUCCUAAGAUGACUCAAAUUGUUUAAAGAUGGCAAAUUUUGAGAUCUUUUUCUGAUGUGUUCAAUUCAUUUUUGUCAACAAUUUCUGGCUAGCCGGAACUUUUUGUGAGCUCCUCUGUGGGUAGACACUGCUAUCAUCCAAUCCCUGGCAAUGUACAUGUAAUUCCAUGUUACCUCGGUUCAGAAUACUUGCACUGCUGUGACGAUUGUGUAGACUGCUUUUUGAGCUUGCUGGCCUUUGGACGAGCAUCACUGUCCCUUGGAUUUUCAUACAAAAAAACAUCUAAGAACUUCAAUGACCUCCCUUAACCUAUUCCCUCAUGAGUUAUUAAGAGACAGUUUAUUCAAGAAUUUACCAUAUAUCUUCACUUAUAUUUUAUACUGUUGAUCUUUAGUGCAUUAUAGUGACUUAAGGCCUAGUUCCACUUUGAAGCAAGAGUUAAGGGGAAUGGUCUUUUCUCCCCGAUGCUUGGAUAGACCAAUAAAUGGCAGGGAUUUUCAGGAUAUACGCCAAUAUUAACAGGAUUUGGGAGGAGAAAACGCCUCUCGGAUUUGGAAAAGGGGCCUUUUUAUGACGAGAGGUUGGGACAAAUACCCCCAUAGAGCCUGACAGAAGUGAGGCCAGUUUUGGGUGAAAUGACCAAGUCUAUCUGAAGAUGAAAUUCACUUCAGUAUGAUAUUACAUUGUGUUCUCAUACAUUUUUUGUUUGAAAUGAGAUUAAUCAAAAUUUAUUAGUUACUUCAAACUCUUGGAGAUUAUUCAUAUUUGUGUGUUUUUGUUAUUCCAGAGUUAUUUAUCUUUAAAACAUCUUGGCAUUAAGAAAUAUUCUUAGUAUAAAUUAGUUCAAAUAUAUAUUCUAGCUUAAAUUGACCAAUGUAUAUUUCUCUGUUCAGAUUUGUUUGAGUGGAGGAUUUCUUCACCUUGAAUUCAAAUUCUAAUUCUGUUGUACGGUGAAAAAAAGUACUUAGAUAUUCUCAGUUUGCAAUAUUUUGAAAAAGUACAUGUAUUGCGAACUGUAUAUUCGAAGUAAUACAAACUUGUGUUCAUUUAUUUCAUGAUUCACCCGGUUUUCUGAAAAGUUCAGAUAUUUUAUUAUUGUUCAUUAAACCAUGUAUAGUUUAUUUCAGUUAUUAAUUUUUCCCCUAAAGUAUCACUUCUUCAUGGAGAAUAUCUUUACAUAAGUUAUACUUGCAUGAACAUAUAUCAAAAAGCCAGUACAGAUUGGAUUUAAAACAUUAAUUUCAAAUAUUCACAAAGAAACUGUAGUCUGUAGUAGGUCUGUAGUAGCUCAGCAUGACAUUUUUGCUUGUAAUGAGACCAUUUCAUCCGUUUCUGAUAUUUCAAAGUGUUGGGUCAAACAUUCAGACCGUAAGGUAAACUGGUACACAUUCAGACAAUAAGGUAAACUGGUACAGUUACACCACUGAUAGAGUUAUUAACUGUAACCUUGUAAAGUCUGUACACUACUGUAUCCUAUUCUUUCAUCUUAUUGUCUCGUGCCAUAUAUAAAUUUUGUGAUUCUCACGACCUAUGUUUUCUAUUAUCUAUGAGCUCAUGCAAAGAAAUAAAUCUGUUCAAUUCAU